AUGACGGCCUAUGUCUAUGAGUACGAUCUGGACGAAGGACAAAAGACAAAAGCACAACCACCACCAAGACCAACCAAGCCCAACCAAGCCCAAGGGCCGAACACAGAGAAUCUGGGUGUACCAGAACCUCCAUCAUUUGGUGAAAUUGGAUGUCUUUCUCAAGUGUUCAGAACUGCAGCUAACCCCACCGGUGUCACAGCAUCUCAGUUCUUUCCGCCCACACAGAGAGAAGUGAAAAGGAAGACAUUGCCUGUGCAGAAUUUUCGUUGUGCUCCAAACAUUCAAGUUGGAGACACAGCCGAAGACCUUUCAUUUCUCACCCAGCCAUCAAGUUUGCCUCAGACACAGCUAUUUGAUCCUUCUGGCAAUUCCUCAAGUCAGUCUCGAUGUUCUCAACAAGACAGAAGCUAUCUUCCAAAAAAAACCAAGAGCAACCUUCCUUCCCACAACAGGCCAGGGGUACAGGGCGAAAAGAAACAGAAGUUGGUUGUGCAACCUGCUCGAUUUACGAGACCGCUAUUUCGGCCUUCUGAGCCACCACCUGAUGACACAAGUCCAGAGAUAGAAAUAGUCCCAUCCCCACCCCCAUCACCCACCAGAUAUGGCUCCAGCCAGGUGGGCAGGUACAACCCGCAGGAAGACCUUUUUCCCACUCAAUCUCAGCCAGCUGGGACACCAGCAACCUUUAACAGGGACAGUGUCUACACACCUCAACCGUUGGCACUACCUGGGGUCACACCAGGAGGCAAUCAUGUCAAAAUCAAUAAUCUUCGCUCCGUGGAUGAGAUCCCAAGUGCAUUCAGGUCCAUCUUCUUCUUCCCUUAUUUCAACAUCGUCCAGUCAAAAGUCUUUGAUGAUGUGUUCUACAGAGACAAGUCCCUUGUUGUAUGUGCCCCAACUGGUUCUGGGAAAACAGUCAUGUUUGAACUUGCUAUCAUCAGGAUUCUAAUCAAGAUGCAAGCUGAGGGACUUCCGAACAAUUUCAAAGUUGUAUACAUGGCACCAAUGAAAGCUCUCUGCAGUGAAAGAUGCGAGGAUUGGAAGAAUAAGUUUGAGCCGCUUGGUCUGAAGUGUAUGGAGCUAACUGGUGACACAGAGAUUGAUGACUGGUUUGAGUUGCAGAAUGUUAAUAUCAUCAUGACGACACCAGAAAAAUGGGACAGUAUGACUAGGAAGUGGAGAGACAACAAAUCACUGGUCCAGCAAGUCAAGUUAUUUCUUGUUGAUGAGAUUCAUAUGCUUCAUGAUGAUACUCGUGGUGCAACAAUGGAGGCAGUGGUUAGCAGGAUGAAGACAGUUCAAGCAGCCUUUGACAGGAGCAGCUCAGGCUUGUUGCAGAUGAGGUUUGUCGCUGUCUCUGCCACUGUACCCAAUGUGCAAGAUAUUGCAGAGUGGCUUGGUACAAAAGAUGUUCCAGCUGAAUAUUACAGAAUGGAUGAUUCGUAUCGCCCGGUCAAACUAAGGAAGGUUGUUCUUGGGUACCCAUGCUCUGAAAACCAGACCGAUUUCAAGUUUGACCUCUCACUUAACUACAAGUUGGCCACUGUGAUCCAGACUUACUCAGAUCAGAAGCCUACCCUUGUGUUCUGUGCAACAAGGAAAGGUGUCCAGCAGGCUGCAGGUACACUGGUGAAGGAUGCAAGAUUCAUCAUGAACUCUGCCCAUAAAGAGAAAUUAGUCAAGUAUUCAGGGAGAAUGAGAGAUUCAAAGCUAAGGGACCUAGUGUUAUUUGGUGUUGGCUACCAUCAUGCAGGAUUGGAUAUAGCGGACAGGAAACUUAUGGAAGAAAUUUUUCUCAAUGGUGAACUGCCUGUGUUGCUGUCGACCAGCACCCUCGCCAUGGGUGUCAACCUUCCUGCUCAUCUGGUCAUAGUCAAGUCAACACAGCAUUAUGUGAUGGGCAUGUACCAGGAGUAUUCCGAGACUCAGAUCCUCCAGAUGAUAGGUCGAGCUGGCAGACCCCAGUUCGAUACAUCUGCCACUGCGGUCAUCAUGACAAGGAACAUGACCAAAGAAAGAUAUGGUGAUCUCUUAAAUGGAACACAGCUCAUUGAGAGCAGUCUCCACAAGCAUCUGAUAGAGCAUGUGAAUGCUGAGGUAGUCCUCCACACCAUCACUGACGUCUCUGUGGCAGUCGAAUGGCUACGCUCAACGUUCCUUCAUAUCAGAGUGAUGAAGAAUCCGAAACAUUAUGGAAUUGAUGUUGGUCUCACAAGCGAUGAGGUUGAAAAGCAGCUCCAAGAUUUCUGUAUGAAAAGCCUAAAGAGUUUGUCUGAGGCUGGCAUGAUAGCACUUGAUGAAGAGGAUCAGUUCGAUGUUAAACCUACGGAGAAUGGACGUCAGAUGGCGCGUUACUGUGUCCCUUAUGAAACCAUGAAAGACUUUGUGCAGAUAACUGGAACAGAGACAUUGAAAGAAAUGAUGACACUUGUGUCAAGCUGCAAGAGUUAUGACGUCACCCUGAGGACGAAUGAGAAGCGCACCUUGAACACCAUGAACAAAGACAAGAAUAGAAUCACCAUACGAUUUCCAAUGGAAGGCAAAAUCAAAACAAGCCAAAUGAAAGUAAAUUGCCUCCUCCAAGCUCAACUGGGAUGCCUGUCUGUCCAAGACUUCGGACUCGCUCAGGAUACCAUCAAGAUAUUCAGAGUAGGCACACGACUGUCCAGGUGUUUGGUUGAAAUUUUGUGGAACAGGAACGACUUGAAGGUGUUACUGAAUGCCUUGUUUCUCUCCAAGUCUUUCAAGAGUCGAAUAUGGGAAAACUCGAAGUACGUCUCUCGACAGUUGGAUGGAAUCGGUCCUCAGAUUUCCAAUGCCCUGGUGAAUGCUGGAGUUAUCACAUUUCAGAAACUGGAGGAAACUAACCCACGAGAAAUUGAAAUGAUUGUGAAUAGACAUCCUCCUUUUGGAAACAAUGUCCGUGACAGUGUUGCCGGUCUGCCAAAAUACGAGGUGAUGGUGGAACAGUCUUCAAACUAUUCCAGUCAAUCAGCUUAUGUCACAGUAUCAGUCCGGAUUGCGAAUACGGACAUGAUGAAGAAGAACACUGCCGGGCCAACUCACUCAUGUGCCUUAGUCAUUGGGGAUUCAGACAAUAGGAUCAUCCACAAAGUCAGAUUGAGUGACAGCUUUCUGAACAAGAUUGGCACUUGGAGCAAGCGGAUAAACAUCCAGAGAGCUUCAAAGGGGGAUGAAUUGAGCAUCAACUACAUCAGUCAGGAGUGGGUUGGCCUUGAUGUGCAAAGCACCUACACCCCAUGCUACAUUGGACUGGGAGGUAACAAGUAUGAGUCAUCUUGGUCGGACCACAACACAAAGCAUGAACCAGCAACCCCUAAGGCACCUGCUAAGAAGACAACCCAAGAGAGCCAACGUCCUUGCAACCACCGAUGUUUCAACAAGGCAUUCUGUGGCCAUGACUGUUGUAAGCUUGGCAUAAUGGGACAGCAAAAAGACAGGACAGCAAAUGCUACUCCAGCCGCAACGACCAGUAAGCCAGCGCUACUGAAGACGCCGAAGAGCAACCCUGUCAAUUCAUGUCUCUCUGAAAUGAAGAAUCGAAUGGGUAGUGUGCCAGCGACACCAAAUUUAAGACUAAAGCCUGGUGCUGGUUCAGUGCCAUCCAGUGUCAAACUUGGUGACUUUGCCUACACUCCACAACCAAAGAUGGCAUUGCGUAAUUCAACACCAGCAAUUGGAGUGCCUCAAGAGACACCUGGUCUCUCAUCUGGUGGAUGGGAGGAACUUGACAUUUACCACCAGAAGAGGACGUUCGAAAGAGAUUACUCUCCUGAAUACCAGAAUGAUUCUCCUGAAUAUCAGACAGGGGAUCCCAUCACUGAUGCAAUGGCGAGAACAGGUUUUGGCAACUAUGAAAGUAGUUACUUUGAUGACAUCGGUGAUGAAACCGAAAUGAUGCAAGUAGCUGACGCAGCUGAUGGACCAGACUGGGAGGGUGAUUUUUUACCUGAUCCAGGGUUAUCUAUAUCUUGUGGUCAGGGGCUGCAGGGCCCAUCGUCCCAGCAAGUGCAAUGCAAACCUCAAGGCAUUGUCCUUCAUCCUCAAAGACCCAAGAAUCAAACUGAUUCUCUUUCACGUAGACAGAGUGCUGCCCAACCUCAGUGGUCUAGUUUCAGUCAGUUAGAAACAUCGAAAAAUUCUUCUUCAUAUCCUCCUAAGUCUGAUUGGAAUACCAACAGAGGAAACAAGUGUUCUCCCAUAACCAUCUCGGAUGACGACUUUGAGGAAGACCAGCUUCCAACAUUUCAGAAACCAAGGCCAAGACUUGGUCAGGUAUUUGCUUGGAGCAAAUCAAAAAACUAUAUCAAACAGCAGUUUCCCCAUCCGAAACAAAAUGACAGUGGGAACAGCAAAGAAGCACCUGUUCUUGCCCAUAGAAGUUGUCAAGAGUCAAGUGGCGCCAAAGAGCAGUUGCCCUAUCCCAAGCACAGUUUAAGUGGAAACCACAGUAAUGAACCAAUGGGCCCUUCUCUUCAACGGAGAGAUCAUCCUGAUACGUAUUUGAAGAGACCGGCAGCCAAACCCUCCAUGUCAUUUAUAUCUGCAAAGAGGAUGUAUGACCAAGCAGCGAUGGGUGCUCCAGGGGGUGUAGAAAACACCAAGUUCUCAUGCUUUAGUGGGAGCUCCGAUGAUGAUGAUGAUGAUCUUCUGGCUAACCACUUGUCUUCGCAUGAAGGCAAUGUCACAAUGCCUUCACCACCUCAGCAGCCGUACGCCUUCAAGGAAUCAACAGGGGAUGCCGAAGACUUAGAUGAUGCAGAAAACACAUUUAGUGGAAUCUUUGCUGAUAUAUUCUGA